CAAUUUUCAGUCCAGUAUAACGAUAUGAGUACUAAUAUGGAGGCAACAACAACAUCAUCUGUCUCGCUUACAGCAGCGGUCGGUAAUGACGCGGAGAAAUUACAAUGGAUCGUAUUAAACCAAGUGGAAGGAGUACAAAUGCGUGAAAUGUUCUGGGAUUUAAGUAAGGACGUUGACGUAGAUGUGCUGGCAUGCAGUGAAGCCAUCAAGCUGUUGCGCACAAUGACUGAGGAAGAGAAGGCACAAUGUUGCAAAGCAUCCCUUACGUUGCUUUCAAAUAAGGAUGAUCCUCGGCAUAUCCAUUAUGAGAGGAUUUUAUCUUCGAUAUUUAUGUCUGCCUGCAAUGAAGGCGUCCUUCCUCUUUCCGAUUGCUGUGAACUUCUUAUUCUUUGCACCAACUUCACUCUUACGACGCCAAUAGAUUCGCGCAAAUUUGAAUACAUGCAGAAAAAUUUACAUCUGAUCGAUUACAAAGGUCUUCGAAACAUUUUGAAGUUACUUGUAGUUGAACGCAUGCAGGAAGUUCCGUCUACCAUUACACAUCAUCAUCGCCAUAUGCUUUUACCUGUAGAAAAUAUGUUGCUAACUUUAAUCGAUCGACAGCUAAACCUUCUUCCAUGCAUUUUCACGAUUACUGAGCUACAUCGUGUUUCCAGUAAUUCACGUGCCUUUCUUUUGCCAAGGGUGGCGAAAAAAUUCAACGAUAUGUUUAUUUCUUUUCGACCACUUACCGAAAUGGUAACAAUAAUCGGUCGUUCAUGGCUUUAUCCAGUAGCUGCUCACAUUUCUUUUCCAGUGAGUACGCCAUCUUGGAAGCUUGAGGUCACAACUACUCGGUUGCAUCAACGAGCUCAUCUUCCGUACAAAUCUGAGCUUUUCGCUCCGCAGUCUUUUUUACUUUAUACGCUUCUCCGACAGCCUCGCGGAAAAGACACAAUUUCUUAUGUGAUGCGACAGAAUACAAACUUGACCCCACAGCGACUACAGUGUGAUGAGUUGCUGCACAUGAUCAUUCUCGAGGCUAUGAGCGAAAUGGAAAAGACCGAUACGCGCCUUGACGAUCCUGCAAACCAAUAUCAGUGGAUGAACAUUACGCAAACAGUUACAUUCUCGUUACUUCAUGGAAAUGCCUCCUUUUCUCGCCUUCUUAAAAUAUUAUACGAAUCACUUUCUGAAACAGUGUAUCGAAAAGGAAGAGAUGAGCUGAUGUGGGUUAUUUUGCAAUAUGUUGCAGUUUACAUCGAUAGAGUAUCAAAUGAGGAAAUGAUUCGUGUUGCCGAAAUUUAUAAUUUACUUUACAGUGAUGAGCAGACAUGGUCUGGUGCAGACACAGAUCCAUUGCUGUUUGUCCGAUUCCUGGUUCCGGCUGCUAUUUGGAUACAUUUUUACAAGAAAUUAGGCAACUCUCAUACAGAGGUACUUCCUAAACCCUCCGAGUCUCUGUGGCGACAAAUACAGUUUCUGCAGGAAAGAACAGCAGAUUCAGAUCCCAAUAUCCAAAAUGUCGCUGAUCAUAAUGCAGUUCUGGCUGCUGUUGCUAAUGCUUACAGCAGCGAUAUGCCGAAUUUCCAGAAACUAGUUCUGACAGCAGUGGAUGUCUUUCUGGAUGGGUCUCCGGAAGAAAUGAAUACAGUUUGGCAUUUACCCCAUGGGAUCAUUUCCUAUUCGAAAAAGACACCUUUACCACUUUCAUUGAUCGAUUCUUUAACUUUCCAUGCACGAAAUCAUUUAUUCCAGCUUUGUUUAUUGAAACUUACAGCUAUGCUUUCAGUUCAGCAAACACAAAAAUUGCCCAGUCCUGCAACAAUCGAUACACUUGUACGUUUGGCAGUAACUACGGAGUUUGAAUAUGGCGUGAAACAAGUAUUAGCGUUGCUGUCCUCCACAUUAGCUUCAGUAAACAAAAACAGCAAUUUGGGACCGGUACAGCAAGAUCGAUCCCGGGAUUUACUUUUUGUUCUUUGUGAUAUCCUUUCAUAUCGAUUCAUCAGUUAUGCAUUGCCAGUGGGAUCAAAGGUUAAUUUGAUGCUUUGGUGUUACACAGCACUUGGAAACAAUCAAGUACAGAUGAAUAUUGCGUUGUGCUCGGCUCUAGAACAAGUUAUGCUGCGGUAUUGGAUGUGGAAUUCGCCUCAAGAAAUGUUUUAUCUGAGCAAUGCUUUCCUUGGCAAACAAGGCAAGCUGGCCGUCAUAUUCAACACAGCUAAUCCGGCAUUUUGUGAUCCGCAGCAUGGGAAUGUUCCGAUUGAACAGCAGUAUACAAAUUCACAUUUAUCCCUCGAGUUGUUACGAUGCUUACUUCUUUCCAUGUUCAGAUCACUCAAAAUGACAGGGAUGGAAAUGACUACAGAAAUGAUGCAGCGCUGCAAUGUGAAUUUCUGCUGGCCGCUGUCGAUUAAUCGAACAUAUAGUUCCCAACUCACUGGCUGCAACAUAGAUGACGGUGCUGCAGAUACAGUUAUGUAUGACGAGCUGAUGCAUCGUGUCAUUCAAGAAGUGCAUCAAGCACAAGAAAUUAUUUAUGCGCAAGGUUUAGCUGCUGAGGAACAGCUGUUAAAGUUCUUUUCGGGUGAGCGGAAACAAACGGUUUUCUGUGUUGUAUACAAUAUGCUGUUCGAAACAAAGAAAAUACAUCCAGUAAUUUAUUCUGUGUUGAACUCAAUGAACAGUAAAGAACUCACAGCAACGGUAAACAAAUUCACAGAUUAUUUCAUAUUUAUUUUCAAAAAGAAUCUCCCUUCAGACGAUCAGCAAUUCGCAGCAAUGAUUGGGAUUUUAAAUGACAUGGUAUUUAAUUUACACCUGAUAUCGCUCGAUCGGUUGCUUCUUUCUCUUGUUCUUCAUCCAACCGAUGAUGGAGCCACCGAAAUUGCUAUGCUUAUAAUCCAUUCUUUGGUUGGCUCAUAUCCUGAUUUGCAUAAUCGAAUUACGGCGUUGGUGCACAUAAUUCCAUCAAAUAAAAUUGGCAACACUAGUGCUGCAUUUUUUAAUAAAAUGUCAGAAUAUUACUCGCAAUUCCCGGAACUGUCAUAUAGAGAAAUGGAAGCAAAAAUGAGGAGAGAAAUGCAAAUUGAACUAGGUAUGCGACCAAUCGAACAGCCAACUCUUAGUCCAGAACUUCAUAUGCCAAUUUACUAUGGUAAUAUUGUGGAACGCAUACUUCCGAUUGUAGACAUCAUUUUAUUCCGUGCGAUAGAAACUGUAGUUGCUGACCAACUAUUUACGACACUGCUGAUGUGCUUCAAACCCUGCUAUCGAUAUCACCCACAGCCAGCAGCUUACAUGUACAGUGUCUUGUAUUGCUUGGACAAAACCAUUUCACAUACAGUUCGUGCCAGGGAUUUUGUGCUGGAAAUUUGUGGACAGCUGGAAGAUAGGGAUGGUAAAUACGCUCUCUUAACACCAUCAUUUAUUUCCGACAAUCAUCAACUGUCACUGCCUUCUCAGUUUUGUCAGGCAUUAGUGGAUCGCAUUUUGCAAGCUUCCAACUACGCUCAUCAGCCACCAGCUUUCGCUUACAAAGACUGGAGAUUCGCGGAGAUGCCACCUGCAGGGCAAGCCCUCACUGGCGCAUGCAUCGAACUGCUUGCAUCUCCACAUGCACCAGUGAUUACAGCCCAUGCACUCAUUGAUUUGGUCUUUAUUCGGCCCUUACACCAACCAUAUGCCACUAUCAAUGCAGUCGCUCUGAUUCUGACAGCCCUUCCAGUUUCUUUCCAGCAAGUUUUUUAUGACCAUAUUGUAUCUGUGCUCGAUUCGGAAGCUCUGCAUGAUUUUAGGUGAUCCAUCUGUUUGUUUCGGCAGUUUAGAAAGUGAAUGCUUGUUGCUGACCGAAAAUCAAUUGCUGACGAACCUUGCACUCGGGCAUGCUUAUCUUCAACACUGCAAUGCAAGUUCACUGGCAGCUUUACCUGAAUUUGUGCGUGACCAGCUUGCACCAAAACUAGUCACGGAAGCGCAACUUAUAUUCGUACUUCGUCUCGUUGUGCCCAUUUUGCAACGAUUUUACGAUGCCAAGGAAAGAAGCAAGCAGAUACAGGAUCUUGCUGUGGAUGUUUAUAAGAUGACAGUGAAAGUAAACGAACGAGCAGGCAUACUAAAAUACGAGGAUUCAAUUUGCGACUUUUUAUAUCAUAUGAAGUAUAUGUACGUUGGUGAUUUUGUCAAAAAUGAAGCAGAACAGGCAAUACAACGACUGUCACCAUCUAUGCGAGAUAAACUGAAAUAUAUCUCACAUACGCAAAUAAACGCUACCAUUGAUCUGCCGCAUAAGCUCGCUCCUGGGUCAUCCAGUCUUUUUUAGAAUUUGUCAUUUAACGGGU